AUGGAAAAGUUCCGCAUGUUCUUCCAGCACUUCCAGUCCAGCUCGGAGUCGGUGAUGAACGGCAUCUGCUUGCUGCUGGCCGCGGUCACGGUCAAGCUGUACUCCUCCUUCGACUUCAGUUGCCCCUGCCUGGCGCGCUACAAUGCCCUCUACGGCCUGGGCCUGCUGCUCACACCCCCACUCGGCCUCUUCCUCUGUGGCCUCCUUGCCAACCGGCAGUCCGGGGUGAUGGUGGAGGAGUGGCGCCGGCCCGCGGGGCAGCGGAGGAAGGACCCGGGCAUCAUCAGGUAUAUGUGUUCCUCUGUGCUGCAGAGAGCCCUGGCCGCCCCCCUCGUCUGGAUCCUCCUGGCCGUCCUGGACGGGAAGUGCUUCGUGUGUGCCUUCAGCAGCUCCGUGGACCCCGAAAAGCUUCUGGAUUUUGCCAACAUGACCCCCAGCCAGGUGCAGCUCUUCCUGGCCAAGGUGCCGUGCAAGGAGGAUGAGCUGGUCAGGGACAGCCCCGCGAGAAAGGCAGUGUCCCGCUACCUACGGUGCCUGUCACAGGCCAUCGGCUGGAGCAUCAUCCUGCUACUGAUCGUCGUGGCCUUCCUGGCCCGUUGCCUGAGGCCUUGCUUCGACCAGACGGUCUUCCUGCAGCGCAGAUACUGGAGCAACUACGUGGACCUGGAGCAGAAGCUCUUCGACGAGACGUGCUGUGAGCAUGCGCGGGACUUCGCGCACCGCUGCGCGCACUUCUUCGCCAGCAUGCAGAGCGAGAUGCGGGCGCGGGGGCUGCGGCGGGACCCCUCGGGCAGGGGCCCCGAGCCACCCGAGAUGCCCGACGGCCUGGACGGCGGCGGAAGCAGGAAGGCCCACCUGCGGGCGGUUUCCAGCCGGGAGCAGGUGGACCGCCUCCUGAGCACGUGGUACUCCAGCAAACCGCCACUCGACCUCGUGGCAUCCCCGGGGCCCUGGGCGUGUGGCCUCAACCACCGCGCUCCCACGGUGGCCCCAGGCACCAGGCUGUCCCAGCAUACUGACGUGUAG